CUUGACUCCAACCACACAUUGACCGUCGCUCAAUCUUAUUUGAUUUGAUCCCCAGAAAAGAUAACGGCUCAGCUGGAUGGAGUUCUUUCGCACUUGGCAUGUUGGUUUUCUCGGUCCAGAACGCUUUCGUUAUCAUCGGGGGAAGCUGAGUGAAGCGUUCUGCCUCGAAGCUUAUCGUUGGCCAUCGGGAAGCUGCAGCUGCGAGACCACUUUCCGUGGAACUUCACUUUUGUAUAUCCCCUAUGGCGUUUCCUCUCAUUCUUUCAAUAGUUACGGCACUUCCAGCGUCCUUUGAAAACGGCUGGCCAUUAUUCGACAUCAACGAGAGGGCUCUAGUCCGGAGAAUCGACUACAGAAUCGUUCCUUUGAUGUUUUUUUGUUAUCUGAUGCAAUUCCUUGACAAGAUUUUGAUCAACUAUGCCAAUGUGAUGGGGUUAGCAAAAGAUGCACAGUUGAAAGGCAACGAACUCCUCGGGUUCAAUGUGAUCCUAUGGGGCACCACCGUUGCUUGCACUGCAGCCUGCAGUUCCUUUCGCUCACUCCUCGCCGUCCGAAUCAUCCUGGGAGUUCUAGAGGCCGUAAUCUCUCCAGCACUCGUCCUGAUCACAAGCACUUGGUACCAGCGAAAAGAAGCAUCGCCCAGAUACGGUAUCUGGUACUGCGGCUUAGGGGGUGGCCAAAUCUUCGGCGGUCUUCUCUCCUUCGCUUUCCAACACGUAACCAGUACGUCUUUCCAAGGUUGGAGGUUGAUGUUCGUCGUAGUAGGCGCAGUCAACAUUGUAGUCGGCCUCUUGGUAGUAUUCUUCCUCCCGGCAAAGCCACAAGCAGCCACCUUCCUGUCCAAUGAAGGAAAGAGCUUCGUGCUCGAUAGACUGGCUGUCAACCAAGCUGGAAUUGAGAACAGUGAUGCGAAGCCACGUCAAAUAUUCGAGGCUUUCAAGGACGCUCAGAUCUUGCUUUUGUGCUUGAUCACGAUCCUUUGCUCGCUGUCUAGUGGGGUCAUCACUACGUUCUCUGCGACUUUGAUCAAAGGCUUUGGAUACGAUGGCAAGCAAUCUGCUUUGCUGAAUAUUCCUAGCGGCGUGAUUAGUAUCUUGAGCACAAUAUUUGCGACCAUUGCUAUUGGAAGAGGGUAUGCUAGGUGGGCAUCGAUCGUUGUCCUCGUCGUUCCAGUGACCAUUGGCGGAGCCUUGAUGUCAUUCUUGAACAAGAAGAAUGAAGGAGGCCUUCUGACUGGUAUUUAUAUGAUCAACUGCACCACUGUAAUACUGGUUAUUGUCUAUUCUUGGGUCGGCUCAAAUGUCGCAGGAUACUCUAAGAAGAUCACUGCCAACGGAAUGGUUGCUGCUUCUUUCGCAAUCGCCAAUAUCAUUGGUCCGCAGACCUUCCAAGCGCACGAUGCUCCUCAGUUCCCUUCGCAGAUAUAUCCCAGCCAGAUCACAAUACUGGUUGUGGCAGCAUUUGCUGGAGUCGCCGCCCUUGCGCUUCGUAUGCUGCUCGGCGUCUGGAACAACAAGAGGGAUCAAAGCGAUGAUGGACAAGGUCUUUCAGCCAAUGAGCUGAUUUCUCUGGACCUUACGGGUUCGGAGAACAAGCACUUUAGAUAUACAUAUUGA